AUGUCAAAACAUAGGUGCCUUGUUCCCUACGAGUGGGACCACUACUACAAAUCAAGUACGAUAGAAGUAAUCUUGAAAAAAGAGAUCACAUGCGACCAGAUCGUCAAGAAAAUCACUGGCAUUGGAAUCAGAGUUAACUACGUGACGGCACACUUGCACUAUUGGGGCGACCUUCCCUGGAUGAAGAAGGACAAGGACAAAAAGGGUUUCCCGGAUCCGAAUGACUACUUCAGUGUUUACAUAUAUUGUGACAACUGUGAGGGCCAGUAA